AUGGCGGACCGGGGGUGCCUAGAGGAUCUGGAGCUCAGCGCCGAGGAGGUGGAACGGCUCCAGCGAGCCUUCCGCGACGAACAGUUCCGGGCGCUGUUCGCCGAAUACCUGGCGGAGCUGAACGACCCGGAGCAGCGGCGGCUGUACGAGGAGGAGGUGGCGGCCCUGGAGCGGGAGCGCGGCGUGGAGGUUCGCUUCGUCCACCCCACGGCGGGCUACGUGCUGCGCACCAGCCAAGCAGGCUCCCGCCGCUGCUACCUCAACAUCUGCAGCAACCCGCAGGUCGGGAUACCCCAGGCCCACGCCGAGCCCGGGGGCCACCGCUGGACCCUGCCCUACAGCCUGGCUCCGAAGGGCCGCGAAGAGCUGAGCCGCGGUGGCCGCCGCCUCCUGGUUUACGACGUGGUUUUCCACCCGGCCGCCCUCCGCCUGGCCGCCCGCAGCCCCCGCUUCCGCCGCCUGCUCAGCGACACGGCGCUGGAGGCCGUGGAGCGCCAUUGCGCCGUGCAGCUCGACCGCGCCAACGCCACCGUGCUCCGCGGUACCAAGUACAAGGGCGUCCCGCAGGCCCCCGUCAUCCGCACCCCGCUGCCCGGCGGUGCCCCGCAGCCUCCCGCCGACUCCCCGCUGCCGCCUUUCCCCUUCCCUCCUGCCGCUCCGCCGCCGCCUGCUGCACCCGCAGCCCCCGCAGCCCGUCCCGCCGGCCCCACCACGCCGCGCUGGAGCAUCCGGCACCGCUACUACGUGGACCUGCAGGACUACCGGUGCAGCCGCGACUCAGCCCCCAGCCGGGUGCCGCGGGAGCUGGUGGUGACGGUGGAGCUGCCGCUGCUGAGCUCCGCCGCCCAGGCCGUGCUGGAGAUCCGCGGCCGGGAGCUGCGCUUGGACUCGCAGCGUCCCGCCUACCGCCUGCGCCUCCGCCUCCCCUACGACGUGGAGGAGAGCAGCGGGCGGGCCGCUUUCAACAAGGCCCAGCGGCAACUCGUGGUUACGCUGCCUGUGGUGCCGCCGCCCGAACCCCCCGAACCGCCGGACCCGGGUGGGGAGCGGCUGGAGGAGGCUGAGCCCGGCGGGGAGACACCGGAGGAACCGCCGGGGGCUGAGACGGGCGGCGGGGCCGCUCAUUCCCCGGGCCCCGCUGUCCCCGCCGAGCCCCCCGCGGGCAGCGUGCGGACACCCCCGAGCUCCGGCACCGCUCCCGCCAGCCCCGAGCCCGCCGGGGCAGCCCCUCCGUGCCCUCCCGAGAGCAGCCCCGGUAUGGCUCCUCCCCGGGGCUGCGGCAGCCCCGAGCCCGCCGUGUGCCCGCCCUUCCAGUGCCGGCAGGACAUGGCCUCCCUCAGCCUGCUCCUGCCCGUGGCCGGCAUCCAGCCCCAGAGCCUCGGCGGGGAGGUGGGCACGAACCACUACAGCCUCCGCUUCGCCAGUGACACCGGCACCUAUGCCCUCUUCUUACAGUUCCCUCAGGCCAACAGGCUGAUGUCCCCCGAGACCUCCGUGAGUGUCACUGCACACAACGCUGCCAUCGGGCUCGCCAAGGCCCCCGGCAGCUCCGGGCUCUGGGAGAAAUUCCACUUCGGUAUUGACGCCUCCACUCUGCAGGAAAGAUUAUUUCUCAGUGAAGAAAACGUUGGUGGAUUUCUAGACACUGUUUUAUGCCCUUCUCUUUGCUCCCAAUCAGCACUGGAAAGUCAGCCAUUAAUUGAAGUGCUUGAUGUUACUGAGGACAGAAUUCAAAUCAGGUUGGAGCCACAGGAAGGAGUCCAUUCUGAAGGUGGUGGGGAGGAGGAGAGGCUCAGCAGCUCAAGAGAUCUCCCUGAGGAGCCAAACACCGACUGCCCCCAAACAGAGGCAGAACCAAACUCCCCUGCAGCUGGCACAGUCGAAAAACACCCUACAGAAACCAGCAAAACUUCCACAUCUUUUGCAGCAGCUGAAACAAUAGGAAAAGUAGGUUGUAGUUCACACCAUUGUUUGCAGCACAGACCUUCUGACACCAGCUCAGCAAUUCCCGGCGAAUCCAAGGAAAAGGAACCAGAUUCAGAAAGUGCUGGAGGCCAAGGGGCCGUGGCUGAGGACUCUGAAAAACAAGGUGGCCUUCUGCUGGGGGGACAGGGGACAGAGGGAGGGGACAGUCCCACUGCAGGGUGGGCAGAGGGCACCCAGCCCAGGUCCUCCUCCCCAGUCCUGCGGGAAGUGGAUGCUGAGGACGGGAGCGUGCGGAUCCUCCGGGAUCACGUCACGCGCUGCCCCCUCGCCUUUCAGAGUUCUUUGCUGUAUGAACUGGAUUAGAUUAAUUGUUUGAGGAUUUCCUGCUGUUGUUCCCAUGUUUACUGUGACUGCCAAGUGUUGGUUUAGGACUUGAGGGCUAGGAGGAGGAGGCAGGUUCCUCCUGAAGCUGUUGUGUUUACCUGGCAGCGUGGAAUGCUUCUGGUGUUAAUCGUUUUUUAAGUUGAUAGGUCAGAGUUUUGGUAAUCUCUGAAAUAGUUUCACUUACAAGAAAAGUGCAGUGAAAAGUGAAUCUGAGCUGGUGGAAGGAAAUGCAUCUGUAUUGUUUACAUAACUUUCUUUGUGCCUUGCCAAAUUGCAGGGAGUAUUUGUAGAUAUCCUUUAUCUAAUGGCUCCCUCAGGGAUUCCUGUGUUUGGUCCACCUAGAAAUGAGCAGUAUUCCUCAUUUUUCCCAACCUUUCAUUGUUGGAUAACUGCAGGAUUAAACUUGCACUGAUUUUUAGCAAUCAAAUGAAAUUUCUAAUUACACAGCAAAGUUCUAAUUAGUCUCCUAGAAAUAAUAAACAUUGAUACCAUGUAUUCCAGCCUCAUAUGUUAAUGUUCUCAACACAGCAUCCAUUUGGUCUCUCAACCAAACAAAUUGGAUUGCACAAUAAAAACACCAAACCAAAACAAGAUCCCCUCUUGUUUCAUCCCUGCUACAAAAUAUUUGUAGUUUGUAAAAUGGAUUCACUUCUCAAAAACAGUUCCCCAUGUGCUGGUUGCUGCUUCAUCUCCCUCCAGUGCAAAAGGUAACCAAGAAGAACUUAAUUUAUAAUAAUAAUGAACUUCCAGUUCCCUUUUUCACUGCUUUGGAAAUAACUUCUCUUACUGCUUUUGAGUUGUACAAGACACAAAUGUGCUUUAGAAGAAAGUUAAAUUUUCCUUGCUUUGCAGCUGCUCUG